AGCAGGACGGAGAGCACAGAGCUGGCUGCCUCCCUCCCUCCCGGGGCUGCCCCUCUGUCAAGCUUUAACCCCGCACGUGACUGCCGGUGGCAGAAACUGCUUGCUUGGACAGACAGACGGGGGUCUGAGUGGGGCGCUCGUGGCACAACCCUGCAGCCAACCCUUCAGCCAGACCUGGUGGUUGGGAACCUCUACCAUAAAGGACCAGAUUGUCAGAAAGUAUUGAAAACCAGGCUCCUUCAGAAUGUCUUCGAGAACAGCCCAUCUUCACAACCAGAGCACAUGUCUUCCAAAUUGACCCCAGCACCAAGAAGAACUGGGUUCCUGCAAGCAAGCAGGCUGUAACUGUUUCCUACUUCUAUGACAGCACAAGAAACAGCUAUCGGAUUAUCAGUGUGGAUGGAGCCAAGGUGAUUAUAAACAGCACGAUCACUCCUAAUAUGACCUUUACUAAAACAUCGCAGAAAUUUGGUCAGUGGGCAGACAGCAGAGCAAAUACCGUAUUUGGUUUGGGCUUUUCCUCUGAGCAGCACCUGACAAAGUUUGCAGAGAAAUUCCAGGAAGUAAAAGAAGCUGCCAAACUAGCAAGAGACAGAUCUCAAGAGAAAAUUGAAACAUCAAGCAAUCAUUCCCAAGAAUCUGGACGUGAAACACCAUGUUCUACCCGCGCCUCGAGUGUGAAUGGAACAGAUGAUGAGAAGGCAUCACAUGGUGGCCCUGCUGAUGCACAACUGAAAACUGAGAAUGAUAAAUUGAAAAUUGCUCUAGCCCAAAGCUCCUCCAGUGUAAAGAAAUGGGAAACAGAAUUGCAGACUCUAAGAGAAAGCAAUGCCAGACUAACCUCUGCACUGCAAGAAUCUGCUGCCAGCGUAGAGCAUUGGAAAAAACAGUUUACAGCAUGCAAGGAAGAAAACGAUCAACUCAGGAACAAGAUUGAAGAGCUGGAAGAACAAUGUAAUGAAAUAAAUAAAGAAAAAGAAAGAAAUGCACAGCUGAGCAGACGCCUCCAGGAACUGGAAUCAGAACUUCAGGACAAAAAUCUAGAAUUGGAGGAGCUUCAAAAACAGGGUGAAAUUAUACCCCAGCUAAUGUCGGAAUGUGAAUCUGUAUCUCAGAAAUUACAGGCUGCUGAGAAAAAGAACAAAGACCUUGAAGAGAAAGUCAGAGCACUCAGGGCAGAAGUGGAAGAGAACAAACACAGACAAAGCAACCUUAAAACUGAAUUAAAGAAUUUUUUAGAUGUACUAGAUGGGAAGAUAGAUGAAUUACACGAUUUUCGACAAGGACUGUCUAAACUGGGAAUUGACAAUUAGAUCGAAACACAUUUUUGUAAUCUAGGGUCUGAAUGUUUUGGUGUUUUGUUGAUCCCAAAUAUCCGUUUUACAAAACAUAACUAGAAUGUUUCACUUGUUUGCAUCAGUUUUGUACAUAGAAGAUGAACAUUUUCUGUGUGGGUUUUUGGGAAGGGAUUUUUGGUUGGUUGGGUGUUUUUCCCAAACCAAUCGUGCUGCUCACUGAAUUCUGUUGAGAAUAGAAACUUUCUAUAUUGCUGCUCUGGCUUUGUGGGUUUGUGAACAGGUAGAGGAUUCCGUCUCAGGAAUCUGGAACUAGAUCUACCUUAAAAUGAAUAUGCAGUUAGUUGUUGCAGGGAAAUGUAUAUCUUUCUAAAGGGCUGUUGCAAGUGCAGAAACAGAAAACAAAGUAUUUUCUAGUCCCAGUUAUCAAUACUCCUCGCAACAUACAAUGUUAAGCUUUUAGUGGAAUAGUAUGGUGUUAAAAUUAGAUGGGACUCCUGCUGUGUAUAAUUCAGCCUGGUAAAAUGUGUCUGAGGUAAAUAGUAGUCACGUGUAGCAAGUCUCUCCAAAUUGAUGCUAAGAUCUGUAUGAACAAAUCAAUAAGGCCCAAGACACAGAAAGAAGCCAUGUAAUGUUACAACUGUGUGACCUCUGCUACAGGGUUUAGGACAUGCCAUGAUGGGCACGCAAUCAGAAGUGUUGCAGUAGGUUUCAGCCUUUGUACUUUGAAUAAGUCAUGCGAUGUAGCCAACAGUUGAUGACAAGGUUUCAUGUAAUAGGAGUGUCUUCCUCCAGCCCUUUAUUUUUAAAUCCUUUUAAUUAAUGUAAUAGUUAAAUCUUAGGAAAAUAUACUUCUUCCUGGCACCAGAUAUGCAGCAAUAGUGACAAGUUAUACUUUCGCAAGUAGAGAGCUGAGCCCACUACUUAUCUGGCUUAAUACUUCCUUUUACUGUCAUGGUUUCCAAGAAGUUAAUCUAAAAGACAAUUAGUUCAGUUCACAAAACCGCUGUGGGUUCUACACACAAGAUUCUGUCCAAGAGAUUCAUGUGUGAAUUAGGCACCCAGUUGUUUGUUUAUAAGGCCAAAAAGAAAAGGAGAAAUGCUGUUGUACGUUGAUUAUUCAGCAGCUCUAAACACCUCUUGUAAUGCAGGAGACUGCACGCUGUUUCAACAACGCAAGUGGAAUAACAAACAAGCUUAGUUCACAUUGGUAGUACCAGUAUUAGAUUUACUUUAAAUUGGGAAAAGGCUAUUUAAAUGUUCAAAUGAACUGUUCCAAGAGCACUUGCCAAUUUAUAUCAAUGUCACAACAUUCACAUAUUACAAAUCAGUAAAGCUUUUCUUUGUAAAGUUAUACGCAGUGGUUCUUAGUGGUCACUUUAAUAGUUUAGGUGAAGUGUGUUGAAUGCCGUUUUGCAUAUGGCUGUAUAAUUCACAUGUUGAAGUCUGUGGAGAUUGUCUGCAAUAAUUGUUUUCUUUAGAUUGCACUUCCAUUGAAUAUGCAAACUAAAUGGACACAAUCGUUUAGCACGCAGAUGACCUACUUUUCUUCUAGUAUACUACUUGAUGGCUCCAUAACUGUGAAUCUGUUAGCCACAUCAGCUGAGAGGCAAAGAGGUAAAACGGUUGACAAAUCACAAGCAGAAUAUGUAGUCAGGCUCACUAGUCCACCUGUCGUUAGUGUCAUGUCUCACUGAAAGCCCUGUUCAUUCUUCCUGUUUCCUCUUGUUAUGCCUAGCAAGGUGUGGGUUUGUUGCACUGAAUUAAUUUAAGUUAUGAUUUUAAAUGUAUUUAUUUAUAUGGAUGCCAAAGGCUAUGUGCUAACACUUAUUUUGCGUUAAUUCUGGUUUAUAUUAAGUUCCUUCAAGCUUAUUUCCAUUUAGCCUGUCAGUUAGAAAUCCCUUUCAGUUAAUAAUGGCUACGGACGGACAAAACAAUUAUGCUGCUUUGAGAAAGAGGCAUUUACUGCUCACGAGUAUGCAAUGGCUGAGUUGUUGUAUUUGUUCCAAGUGCCUGCUCCUAUCCCACGCUAAAUGAAGUGAAGUGCAAUAAUUUGCCCUUGGAUACAACAGGUGCUAAAUUAUGACAGUUUAACUUCAAAUGAUAAUAUGACAUAGCUGAUGCACAGAACAGUUACAAUGGAACAGCUCAAUUUUCAUUAUAAGAACUACCUUUUUUUACCAUUUAAGCCACACUUACACUCCAGUAAGUGUCUACAGAACAGUUUGCAUUGGUUUGACCAAGCUAUGUUAAAAACAUAACAACCAACAGGUCUAAUUUUGUGGAUAAGACCUUAUGAAAAAAUAAUACAGAUGGAAGAAAGGGUAUGGCAGAAAAGCAUACAAAGGAAAAUAUUCAUUUCUGAAUGUUUCCCAGCAACCAGAGGAACAACAUCCCUGAAGUGAUCCCUGUUCUCAGGACCCUACAGUUCAUUUUCCAUCCACGGCCAACGUAUUCAUUGCCCAUGUGACAGAGACGCUGGAGCAGCUCAGGAGACAGUUUGCAAACUCAGGCACUCUGGCUGACCCCAUUCUUUCAGUCA